AUGGAUGGGACGUUCCUCAAUUCGGCCCACAAAGCGUCUGCUCCCAAUGUUGCCGCAUUCGCGUCUUUGAGAAAACACGGGAUCAUUCCUGUUGUGGCCACAGGACGGCCCCGGCAAAGCGUGAUCGGUGGCAUAGGCCGUGAGGUAUACGAGCAAAUGGUUCCCCAUGGCAAAGGCCCUGGAAUUUUCAUGAAUGGAAGCGUCGUCUAUGGCCUUUCAGGAGAGCUCCUUUACGAAAAACAUAUCGAACAAAGUGACCUGGAGCAACUCUUGAAGGCGCUGGAGCGGACGGGCUGGCGGGAGCGCGUUUGUGGAUACAACGAGGAAGGAAUCUAUUGCGAAGAAGAGAAUGAAUUCAACUUUAGACUCCAUAAUGAAUACGGGGAACCAAGACCUAUGGUUGUGGAAGGAUGCCAGAUCAGUACGAUGAAGUUCAGCAAGGUGAUUAUAAACGGAACGGACGAGACCAUUGACAAACUACGAGCAGAACUUGAGCCUCAACUGAGUUCGGGAGUGAAAUGCGUUCGGCCGUUGACAUGGAAUCUUGAAGUCAUUCCAGCUGGCAUUUCCAAAGCGACAGGAAUGCAAAUUCUUCUUGACCACGUGGGGUUGACACGAGCAAAUGUUGCUGCCAUGGGGGAUAGUGAGAACGACGUAGAGAUGUUGAAGAAAGCCGGUGUUGCGAUCGUCGUCGGGAAUGGCACGGACGUCGCGAAACGGGCUGCCUUGUAUCAAACGGUCUCUAACGAUGAGAGCGCCUUUGCACAGGUGGCCAAUGAACUGUUGUUGGCUCAAGCACAUUGCACGUCCAAGCCGUAA